AUGCAUCCCCUCGCGGCAGCCGAGCUGGCCGCGGCCGGCUCGCCGGGCUCGGGGACCCCGUUCCGCGCCACGACGGGCCACGUCCACCGCACCUGGGCGCGGACCUUCUCCAGCCUGCCGGAGCUGUACAUCCAGCCGGAGACCGAGGCCGAGGUGGAAAAGGCCGUCGCGCUGGCCCGGCGGUGCGGGCGCCGCGUCGUCGUCACCGGCUGCGCGCACUCGCCCUCGGACCUGACGUGCACCUCGAGCUGGAUGCUCAACCUCGACCGCCUGGCCCGCGUCGUCGCCGUCGACGCGGCCCGUCGCGUCGCCGUCGUCCAGGCCGGCAUGAGGCUGUAUGCCCUGUGCGACGAGCUUGCGCGCCACGGCCUGGCCAUGGCCAACCUGGGCAGCAUCAACCAGCAGUCGGUGGCCGGCGCCAUCUCCACGGGCACGCACGGCAGCAGCGCGCGCCACGGGCUCGUGUCCGAAGACGUCGUCGCCCUGCGCCUCACCCUCGCCUCGGGCCUCACCGAGUUCUGCUCCGCCGACGUGCGCCCGGACCUGUUCCGCGCCGCGCUGCUGUCUCUCGGCGCCCUGGGCGUCGUCACCGAGGUCACGCUGCGCGCCGUGCCCGCCUUCUCGCUCUCCUGGCGCCAGACCAUCGACGCCGACGCCGCCCUCUUCGCCGCCUGGGAGGACCCGCCCGGCCGUCUCUGGGCCCAGAGCGAGUUUGUCCGCGUCUGGUGGUUCCCCUACACGCGCCGCGCCGUCGUCUGGCGCGCCGACAAGACGACGGAGCCCGAGCGCGACCCCCCGCCCAGCUACUACGACCGCUCCGUCGGCUACUACGUCUACCACAACCUGCUCUACCUGGCCCAGUGGGCGCCGCCCAUCCUGCCGUGGGUCGAGUGGUUCGUCUUCGGCAUGCAGUACGGCUUCGCCAACGGCUCCGCCACGGCCGCCGUCCAGCCGGGCCCCAAGGCGCUGCUGAUGAACUGCCUCUACUCGCAGUUCGUCAACGAAUGGGCCAUCCCGCUGCACCGCGGCCCCGAGGCCCUGCGCCGCCUCGGCUCCUGGCUCAACCACCUGACGCCCGACGACCCCGGCUACGUCGCCCACGGGAUCCCCUUCUCCGCCGCCGGCCUGUACGUCCACGCCCCCGUCGAGGUGCGCGUCAGCGACACGACCCUGACCCCGAGCCCGCGGCCCUUCCUCGACCCGACCGUCGACGACGGGCCGACCCUGUACCUCAAUGCCACGCUGUACCGGCCCUACUUCCGCGACCCGCCGUGUCGCCGCCGCUACUACCAGGCCUUUGAGUGGCUCAUGCGCGACAUGGGCGGCCGCCCGCACUGGGCCAAGAACUUUGACGCGCGCCGGCCCGACAUCGAGGCCAUGUACGGCAAGCGCCUCGACGAGUUCCGCCGCGUGCGCCACCAGGCCGACCCGGACGGCAUGUUUGUCGGGCCGUGGCACCGCCAGCGCAUCAUGGCGGCCGGUGUCGAGCUCGAGCUGGAAGAGGUCGAGACGGCUCGCCGGGAUGCCCCUGGAGGCGGGCUCAGGACCUUUGGGCGCGUGUCAUGA